AUGGUGUUUUCUCUUCUCUUUUUCAUAUCCGGGUGCACAGAAGAGUUAAAAGACACUGGCUGGGAGAAACCGGAAGGAAGAAUAGCUUUGGAUACCACAGGAGAUAGUAGUAAUCAACAACUUAACAAUAGCGUGUACCAAAGGCUUGCAUCCGAGGUGGAUCCAUUGCAUCUGGAUUACUUCGAGUUCACUGGUCGUGUGAUUGCUUUAGCUUUGAUGCACAAAGUUCAAGUAGGGGUGCUAUUCGACCGUGUUUUCUUCCUGCAGUUGACCGGAAAGAAAAUUGGUUUGGAAGAUAUCAAGAACACGGAUCGGAUCAUGUACAACAGCUGCAAACAGAUUCUAGAGAUGGAUCCAGAGUGUUUCGAUUCAGACGCAGGUCUUGGUCUAACAUUUGUGUCUGAAACCGAGGUGCUGGGAAAAAGGGAAACAAAAGAGCUGCUUAAAGAUGGAAAGUCCAUUGCCGUUACAGGGAACAAUACGUCAAUCUACUAA